GGGCGGGGCCGGGCGGAGCGGGCGCUGCCAUGGACGCCCUGGGCCGGACCGAACCGCGGCCCCGCCGGACCGGGGGCUCCGGUGCCUCCCCCCUGCCCUGGGCACGGUUCUCAGCUUGGCUCGAGUGUGUCUGCGUUGUCACCUUCGAUCUGGAGCUGGGCCAGGCCAUGGAGUUGGUGUAUCCUUACGACUUCAGGCUGACAGAGAAAGAGAAAACCAGUAUCUGCUACCUGUCCUUCCCAGACUCCUACUCAGGUGGCCUGGGGGACACCCAGUUCAGCUUCCGCCUUCGCCAGGCUGGGGGACAGAGGACAGCUCACUAUGAGGACCCUGGGGAGUACAAUAGAGAAGCCCCCCUGACUCUGCAGCGGGAGUCAGCGCAUUUCUUCGGUUAUGUCUACUUCAGGCAAGUCAAGGACAGCUCAGUGAAGAGGGGUUAUUUCCAGAAGUCUUUGGUGCUGGUCUCACGCCUUCCAUAUGUGAACUUGUUCCAGUCCCUGCUGCAGCUGAUUGCUCCAGAGUACUUUGAGAAGCUGGAGCCAUGCCUGGAGGCAGUGUGCAAUGAGAUCGAUCAGUGGCCACCUCCUGUGCCAGGACAGACCCUGAACCUUCCUGUGAUGGGAGUUGUUAUCCAGGUGAGGAUCCCAUCAAGGGUGGAUAAGCCAGGAUCAAGCCCAGUGAAGCAGUUCAACCAAGAGAAUCUGUUACCAGCCCCUCUGGUUCUCCCCAGCGUUCAUGAACUGGAUCUCUUCAGGUGUUUCCAGCCAGUGCUAAUUCACAUCCAGAUGCUGUGGGAGCUGAUGUUGCUGGGAGAGCCACUUGUUGUCAUGGCUCCAUCCCCUACAGUUUCUUCAGAAAUGGUUCUGGCACUGACCAGCUGCCUGGCUCCUCUGCGCUACUGCUGUGACUACAGACCCUACUUCACCAUCCAUGACUCUGAGUUCAGGGAAUACACCACCAGGACACAGGCCCCGCCAAACAUUGUCGUGGGGGUCACAAACCCUUUCUUCAUCAAAACUCUGCAGCACUGGCCACACAUCCUCCGGGUGGGAGAGCUCAGGAUGUCAGGGGACCUGCCCAAGCAGGUGAAGGUGAAGAAGCCAGCUAAACUCAAAACUCUAGACACAAAACCAGGAAUCUAUACUUCUUAUAAAACAUUCCUUCACAAAGACAAAACCCUGAUCAAGAGGUUACUGAAGGGGAUGCAGCGGAAACGCCCCUCGGAAGUGCAGAGUGCUCUGCUGCGGAGGCACCUCCUGGAGCUCACCCAGAGUUUCAUCAUCCCCCUGGAGCAUUAUAUUGCAAGUCUGAUGCCUCUGCAGAGGGCCAUUACUCCAUGGAAGAAUCCUCCCCAGAUCCGUCCUUUCCGGCAGGAGGAUUUCAUGAAGACUCUGGAGCAUGCUGGUCCCCAGCUGACCUGUGUGCUAAAGGGGGACUGGUUGGGCCUCUACAGACGUUUCUUCAGGUCUCCCAACUUCGAUGGCUGGUACCGCCAGAGGCACCGGGACAUGACCCAGAAGCUGGAGGCCCUUCACUUGGAGGCCAUCUGUGAGGCAGACAUUGUGGCCUGGAUGAAGGACAAGUCUGAGGUGGAGAUUGUAGACCUGGUGCUAAAGCUUCGGGAGAAGCUGGUCAGGGCCAGGUGCCAGCACCUCCCUGUGAAGGAGGAGACUCUGCAGCGGGUGGCUCUCUACAUCCAGACCAUCAUUGCCUCCUUGCCAGAGGAUCUCCAGGCUGUCCUGCACCACCACUGAGCAGGGGCAGGGACUCUCCUGGGGCAGGAAGGUUCCUCCCCCCCUGCUCUGAGCCAUGGGCAGUGUUGGGAAAGGAAAGUUCUCCCCUGAUCCAGCCAGCAGGACCUGAUGGGGCCCUUGCUCCCAGCUCUCUGGUUUCCAGCACGUGAGGCUGUGGGUCACAACUGUGACAGAAAUGUGGAUCUGUGUGCCCUGUUCCCUGUCUGCUCCUGCUCUGGGGAGCUGGGGACUGGAGAUGAGGUCCCUGUGUGGCUGUCAGGAGGGCAGGAAGUGUCAGCCAGGCUUCCAGCAGCAUGUGAUGGGCUGUGCAAAACGUGUGCUGCUGCCCUUACCUACACACACACAUCCCCUCCAGUGCUUGGGCUCUCAGAACCUCAGUGCCCUCAUCCUGCCUGGGAGAAGCAGGACCAGCCCUGGUGGUGGUGGAGAUGUUUCCAGGACAGCUCCUGAUUGAUGAUAACCAGAGAGCUGCUGAGUCCCAGUGGUGUGAAAAAACUGUCACUGCCCAUUCAGCAGCCUGACUCAUGCUGGCAAGAGCUUCAGCUGGGCUGGGAGUGGGAGGAUGGAUUGCUGGACUGGAAAUGCUGUGUUUUUCCCCCAGGCAGAGACAGAGGAGGGGUUGGCACAUCUGCAACACACCGAGUUCUCUGGGGAUGAGGGCAGAGUGCUGUGGGAACUGCUGGAGCUCUGCAGAGAGGAGCUGGCCUCCAAAUGUAAUUUAUUCUGCUUGAAAAACCCAGUUUGUGUGCUCUGGUAGCAUCCAGGAGAGCUGGAGCUCUGCCUUGGGCAAGGAGAUGUCAGACAUGGUCAGCCCACUGGCUGAUGAAACGUGGGGGAGAAGCUGAGGUUUCACAGCCCUGCUGAGAGGGAGGGAGCUGAGGGGGGAACAACCUCUCCAGCUCAGCACAGCCCAGCUCCCAGCGAGGUCCUGCUGCUCCUGGGACACCUCUGGGCUGCUGGGGGGGACCUGGGGAGCUUUGUCCUCUGCCUGCUGCUGGGCUGGGUGUCACCAGCUGCACCCUGGCCAGGGCCUGGCUGUUUGCCUUAAGGAAGGGCUUUAGGCUGGGGCUGGCAGCCUGAUGCCCUCCUCUUCCCCAGGAAAUCCUGGGAAACCUCUGCAGAUGGAGGAGCUCAGCAUUCCAGCCCUCUGCUGCUUCCCUGGCAGUCUGUCCCUUGCUCUGCCUCGGGGCUGGGGACAUCCCCAGGGGGCUGGAGACCCCUUCCUGAUCCUUCCCUUCCAGCCCCAGGCAUGGAGAGGGCAGGAACACCAGGAACUUCCAGCCUGGUGAGGGGGCAGGAGGUGACAAGAGAGGGGACAGGGCCAGAGCUCCAGGCAGUGACAAGGUGGGGACAAGGGUUGGUGGCAGCAGUGCUGGACAGAGGUGGUGUCUGCAGCUGCUGUGCUGUGGCUGGGGGGGCUGAGGAGCACUAAGGUACAGUAGGAAAUAUUAGUUUAAAAAAACAAAUAACAGAACCCAGUGAAGCUG